AUGUCACCAUCGCAGCUUCACCAGAUCGACGCCGAUCUCCCCGAGUCUCGUGUCCUCAUCAUCGGCACCGGAGGCACGAUAUGCAUGCAAGAGGGUCCUGAUGGCCUCACCCCGAGCCAAGGCUUCCUGGACAGCGCCAUGAAGCCGCGGCCGUCCUUCAACGACAUGUCGGGUCUUGAUGUCAAGCUCCAUGCCUACCGAAAUGGCGAGCUCAUCACCAUCGACUCCCUCCGGACCCCUCCCACCGCCCACCAGCGCCAUAUUCGCUACGGCAUCCUCGAGUUCGACCCUCUCCUCGACUCGUCCUCCAUCGAGGCCGCUGACUGGGCCGCCAUGGCGUCCACCGUCAAGGAAAACUACCACCUCUUCGACGGCUUCGUCAUCCUCCACGGCACCGACUCCCUCGCCUACACCGCAUCCGCCCUCUCCUUCAUGUUCUCCAACCUCGGCAAGCCCGUCAUCCUCACCGGCUCCCAGGCGCCCAUCUUUGCCCUCCAGAGCGACGCCGUCGACAACCUCUUGGGCUCGCUCAUCAUCGCCGGCACCUACGUCAUCCCCGAGGUCGGCCUCUUCUUCCACCACAAGCUCUACCGCGGGAACCGGACGACCAAGGUCUCGGCCGCCUCCUUCGAGGCCUUCGCCAGCCCGAACUGUGAACCCCUCGCCAAGGUCAACGGCCUCGGCAUCAGCGUCAACUGGCCGCUCGUCCUGCGACCCACCGCCAUAGCUGAAUUCUCCGUCAACAAGCACCUCGACACCACCCACGUCGCCUGUCUGCGCAUCUUCCCCGGCAUCAAGCCCGAGAUGGUCGAUGCCGUCCUCCACCUGCCUGGCCUGCGCGGUCUCAUCCUCGAGACCUUUGGCAUGGGCAACGUCCCCGGAGGCGUCGACGGCCGCCUCACCCAAGUCAUCGAGGCUGCCGUCGAGCGCGGCGUCAUCGUCGUCAACGUCAGCCAGUGCGUCAGCGGCUUCGUCUCCCCCGUCUAUGCCCCGGGCACCCAGCUCGGUCGCGUCGGCGUCAUCUUCGGCCUCGACCUCACCGCCGAGGCUGCCCUCGCCAAGCUCUCGUACCUGCUCGCCUUGCCGGGCCUCUCGAGCAAGGAAGUCGCCGAACAGUUCGCCCGCUCUCUGCGUGGCGAGAUGACCGAGAUUGCGCACCCGACCUUCUCGCACCCGUCCGCACCCCUCGAUCCGGCCGCCUCGCGUCUUACCCCUCAGGAAUCCGCCUUUGCCGCCCUCGGCUACGCCAUCCAGAACGAAGAGGUCGGCGUCGUGAAGCAACUUCUCGAGGGCGAGGGCAGCCAGCUGCUCCAGACAGCCGACUACGCCGCCAACACGGCCGUGCACCUCGCCGCCGUGUCCGGAAAUACCGAGAUCAUGCUUGAGCUUCUACGCCGCGGCGCCAGCGUCCAUGAGCGGAACCGUGCCGACAACUCGCCUCUCUUUCUCGCCAUUCUCUCCGGCAAGGAAGACUGUGCCCAGCUCCUGAGGCUCGCCGGCGCUCACCUAUCCGUCGAGGAGAUUGAGCGUGGGCCUCUCGCCAAGCACGCGCGUGACGCUACGAAUGAGCGAGAGCAGUGA